AUGAUGGCGGGAUAUGGAAUCUGCAAUGCCAUUAUCGAAAUUGAUACAUCCGUUGAUACCUUUGAUUAUGACAAGUACGAUAUUGUGGAACGGUGCCGGUUCCUAAUCUCCUGGUGCAAAGAACAUUUGCCCAAGAGGGAAAACGUACCUGCGGGGGAAGACAACACGGCUCGUGUAUUCAUCAAUCUACGAGAUUUUAGCAACUACAAUCGUUCCACGCGGGGAUUUGAAGAGGCACUGAGACUGGUUCAUUCUCUCUCUAGUUCAGAAUCUCAUCAGAGGCCGUUUGGAUUCAUGAUGGAAGAACCUACUGGGUUUCUCUGGCCCGAAGAAGUGGGCAAGCUUUGUCGCAUGAUCCGAUUGACCAUGAAUCGGGCAGGAUUCCCACAAGGACGCUUCUUGGUGCAUUGUCACUACUACUUUGGCCUGGCAGAGGCUACACAACUUACAACCCUUUGCAACGGGGCCGACGGAGUGUGGGCAGCUGUGUGCAAAGUGGGAGCUCAAGUGGGACAUGCUUCUAGUACCAUGACAGCAGUCAACUUGCUCCGUGCUGGCAAUCAGGAGAUUGCUCAGCAGUUUCAGCUAGACAAAAUGUGCCGAGCAGCUCGUGAAGUGACAACCAUUUCCAGUCGCAAACCGUGUGAUACACAUGAAGAAGUCUAUGGAGAGGCUGCGUUUGAUGUCCCAUUCAUGAUGACAACACUUCCAGCUUGUCGAUUUGCACUGGCCAAGCUGCUAAAAGAACUCAAAAUUGAUCAACGAGUUGUUCGGCUUAAUGAAAUCAUUCAGCCCUCCGCAAUCUACCGUGCGAUGGUGUAUCACUUUGGAACGCCAGAAGAAGCGGGGUGGGAUCCAACGUAUUGCCGAAAGAUGUAUGAGGCUAUCACUCAGCACUUAAUGACGGGAUUGUCCAGGGACUACAACUCGGCUCUUGGAUUAGGGCACUUGUAUGGGUUGGUCUCGCAACGGAACCUUCCAACCAAGAUGAUCAAUAUUAUGAUGCAAGGAGCACCUGUUUCAGAUUUCCACCCAACAGUGUUGGACUUCAUUGACCGGUGGAAUCGGUUAUGCAUGAAAUAUUCAAACAUCGAUGUGGUGCACCCAGCAAGCAAGUCAAAGAGCAUCAUGAUGUUAGGGACUGACGUUACCGUGGAACCCAAACUGGAAUCAUUGCCCUUUGAGUUCUUCCUGGCCGACGUUAUGCGGAAUCCAGUUCUCGAACCUGUCCCUCGCCUUUUCAAGCUUCAAGUAGUGUCAUUGGUGACAAAGAAUGAGCGGGACCUCCAGCGUAAGCGAGUUCCUGAAAUUAACUUUUACGAGGCAGUCCUUCGACUGAAGCUUUUUAUCCUGGAAGCAGAAAGUUUGGGUGUUUUGGGGUUGGUAGACGACUUUUGCAUUCGGAAAAACGUAAGGUCACAGUCUCUUGAGCGGAAAGUGCUGCGGCUCGUCUUUGUGUACCUCAACGCAACGAAUGAUGACUAUUUUUUUGGAGAGGACCAUCUUUGGUUGCAAAAAGUGAGGGGGACGAAGCCGAGAGUGUUGAAUAAGAUGCUCCGCUCGCAUAUUGAUUUCUUCCCCAGGCACUACAUGAAUCGGGGCAACAACGCGAUGGUCCGAUGUGUGAGGGCCGCUGCGAAGAGAAUAGAAGAGAACAAAGGUAUCAACAUGGAGAUGCAUCGGACCUACCAUAGGCAAGGGUCCGCCAGAAAUGCCUUGCGACUGGUGAUUGAAAUGAACUCGACGACAGGGCAGACAAUUCCAAGUGGCCAUUUCGCAGAUGCACAUCAGCAGAUGUUGAAGGAGCUCGCCCAAGACGAAGGUCAAGACGAACAAUCAGCCGCAGUGUACUUGAAACAGAACAAAGAGCUCCUUGGGAUUGAGGAUCAUGACACUGGCGAUCUUAUCGACGCCUACUUGGAGGAGUCCAAAUUCACGGUAGGCAUGAUCACCCAGAGCCAACGGAAACAAAAAAGUGCAGCCAGCCUUUUGAUCCAGGACGGACUCAUUGCGAUUGAGCAAAAGGUUGAAACCGACGGAGACAGUGCGUCAUAUUGGGUUGAAGUUUGA